UUGCGAUUCGGACACAAUUUAGUUUUCCAAUGGACCUGCGUAAAUUGUGCCGGAUUUGCUUUGUGGACAGCGCUGCGGUGGACAUCAGGGAGCACAGGAGCAGCGGCAGUUCGGAUCACACAGUUCUCGAGCUUAUACAGGCCAUGUUGGGCAGGAAUAUAGCCCUAAAUCUGACUGAGGAGCUGCCCAUGAUCUGCACUGGCUGUCUGGAGGACUGCCAGCAGCACUACGCCUUCUUCCGGAAGCUCAAGUUCGCCAAUCAGCAGCUGCUGCAGCUCUACAACGAGGCGGAGGUGGAGAUGUGCCAGGAUGUAGUUGCUCUAGAGGAAAAGGAGAAGACUGAAGGAGAAAACGAGACGUGGGAGGAGUUUGCCCCACUGGAUAUUAUAGUACUAGAGCCCGAUCAACUGACGGAAACAAAAGAAACUGAGUUAAGCGCGGAGCCCAUGCCAAAACCCUCACAGAAGCUGGCCAACCAGGACUCGCUUAUUGUCUCCGAGUUCCUGCCCGCCACCACAACGCAACCGCGUCUGCAGCAGCUGGAGCCGCCCGCCUACGAGAUGCGGACCGUGGACUAUGCGGCCGUGGAGCUCAAACACUACAACCUGGACGAAUACAACGAGGCCAUUCGCCUGCUGGACGUGGAGCCCAGCGGAAGUCAGGCCAUCUACAAGUGUCAGUACUGCCCGCUAGCCUACGCCUCGCCCCAGUAUUUGAAGACCCAUGUGCGCAACUCGCACGUCUGCAAGUACUGCACCACCGCCUUUGCCAAGGUGCGCGAUCUCAACGAGCACAUACGCAGCAAGCACUCACAGCACCAAUGCGUCGUGUGUUCUAAUAGCUUCAGCACCAGCAGCAAUCUGCGGGCUCACUUGAAGAAAAUCCAUGGAGUUCAGCUGCCCGCUCAGGUGGCACUGCUGGAUUAUAAGCCAGCCUCCACUUAAUAAAGAGGAUUUACU